GAAACAGCCAAUUGCACGUAGCUACUGUACUGAACGUAGCUACGUCGGAGGUUGUCGGGAGAGAGAGAGCUAGCUGCACAGAAGGUGGGAGAGAAAGGAAUAAAGUGAGCGAAAGAACGAGACGCACAACUGAAGAAGGGCACGUUAAGUGUGACAGCCAACAUUAAACCUUCAGUCUCUCUCCUGGUUUUUUUUCUUCUUUUUUUUUUCUUUCGUUUUAAUACCUCCUAUUCCUUGCCAUAGACACUGCCACUUAAAGCACUUAAAGUACCAGAUUGUGUUCAGGCUCUCCUCUGAAUGUACUCGUAUGGACACUGUAACGCUUUCAUACUGCACUGACAAACGGCAAAGGAACUCAUAACCAAAGAAAAUAACUUGAAGAACCUGUAAAGUAAAUGAGAAGUUAGCUGUUGAGAAAACCGAGGCAAGCCACAAACCUUUGUGCCCAGGCCAAUGCGGGCCAGGAACGAGAGGAGGAACGUAUAACUAACAAGCAACUCUCUCUGGUGUCGGAUUGUGUACCCUUAAAGCUGUACACCCAGAGACACAAGGAUUGGCAGUUCACAGAAAAGUAGGAUAUAUACCGAAGAACCUAAACAAGUAAACACAAUCUGUACAUAUCACCAGUGGUAAAGUGGAACUUAUCGAGAAUCCUGUCCACUUGACGCAGGUACCCUCCACUGACCCAUGCCCAUAAGCUAGCUUCCAGUCAGUUGUUGCCAGAUAAAACCCAGUGAAUGUUUUGUGCAUUCCUGGAGAAGCCAUUCGUUGUCGACCAGUAAAUUGGGCAAGGCCACCGUUCCACUAAUGGCGAGCAUCACCCAGUCCUCCGACCCGGACAUCCCCGACAACCACCGGGAGAGCUGGCUGGCCCUGCUGUCUGCGGCGGAGGCCUACUGCCAGAAGUCCGGCUGCGACCUGGCCAUCCUGACCGCCAGCAAGAAGUUCCGGUCCCUGGCGGCGGAGGGAGACGGCGGCAGGAAGUGUGACUUCUCCUACCACGUGUGGGGCCAGGGCGCGCUGGCGGAGUCGACGAGGCGCUACGUCGACGACAUCGCCGUGCUCCACUCCACCUCCGCCCUCACGGCUCAUAGGCAGACGCGGGCCGGGGGAGGGGACAGGGGCGGAGCCGGGCUGGGAGUGACCUCCGAGGCUGGACCCCGAGGGGGCUUGACAGGGGAGGGUGGGGCUGGGACCGGGACCGUCAGCCCCAGUGCGCGGCUCUAUUCGCAGAGCUACCCGUCAAUCUACAGUUCCAGCUCCACCGCUGGCCAGGCUGUGGGUCAGAACGGCAACGGGGAGAGAGAGCGGGACAGGGCACUGACCCAGGAGGGGGCGGGAGUGAGAGAGAGGCCAGUCGGGGUAGAAGAAGAGGAAGAGGAGGAGGAGGAGGAGGAGGAGGAGGAAGAAGAGGAAGAAGACAUGGAAGGGCGGAGGGUCAAUCUGAACGAGACUGCUGGAGUGUUCUCCAUGGACGAAGACUCCCUUUCUCGGGACUGCGAGCCGUUCUUUGAGUCGGAUGGAGAGGAGGAGAGCACUGAUGGCUCGCUGAGCGAGGAUGCCCCGCCCCCUCCUCGCAGCAUGGCAGUGGGACAGUUCUCUCUCUCCUCCCGUUCGCACCACCCCCUGUCAAUCGCCCGCUCCCUGCCUGUCACUGUGCCUGUGUGGGGUUACCGAGGCAACCGGGCCACACAGGGAGACAGCCAUAGCGGAGAACGGUCCGGCUGCCCCGACCUGGACCACAUUGCAGCCAGCAUGAAGGCCCUGCUCGCUCCCGGAGCCACUGAUGGCACUGAGAUGUUUGGAGGACUUCCCCGGCCACGCCUUAACACGGGGGACUUCUCCCUUAAACACUGAGAGAGGAAGAGGACACACCAUACACGCCCACACCCACGCACACACCCACGCACACACCCACGCACACACCCACACACGCACACACAUAUUCACGGCCACGCCUUAACACGGGGGACUUCGCCCUUAAACACUGAGAGAGGAAGAGGACACACGCACACACACAUGCACGCACUCACAGCACACACACACACGCACACACACACACACACACAUACACACACACACACACACACACACACACAGCCUUAACACGGGGCACUUUGCCCUUAAACACUGAGAAAGGCAGAUGACGUGUGCACACAUACAUGGGCACUACAGACACACCCAUACCGCCAAUACUUGCAGACCAAGAUGCUUGUUGACCACACCGCACUAAUACUGAUACUCAUUUCACACUACAUUGAUACUUUGAGUGUAUACUCUUUGGAUUCAUGGACUGAUUGACUGUACACUACUUUUGAGUAUACCUGUGAACCACACAUAUCAAAUUCCAGUCCUGGAGGGCCGCAGUGUCUGCAGGUUUAACUCCAGUCCUGGAGGGCCGCAGUGUCUGCAGGUUUAACUCCAGUCCUGGAGGGCCGCAGUGUCUGCAGGUUUAACUCCAGUCCUGGAGGGCCGGUUUUCAGUGUGUUUCAGCACCAGUGAUUCAUUCACUCACCCUGUCCUCAAGGCCAUAAUUAGCCUGACUUAAAGGAGACUACAAAUCUCAUCAGACACUGCAGGACUGGUGUUUAACAGUGCCCGCUGAAAACCGUGACUUUGUGAGCUACCUUUCCUCCAGCGACUGCACUCUGCACUAUCACACUGACCGCGAGGACAUGUAUAUAACCUGACUGAUUAACCGACUGGAUUCUUCAGUGCACUUAACAUCACAGACCCUGAUCGAUAUGGUGCCCUCAGAAAUGAUGUCCUCGAUAAAGAUGACCAAAAGCAAGCCAUAUAAGAUAAUCCAUGUUUUGAGCUACGGUGCGGUCAGUCAGUAUUUGGACAAUGACACUAUUUUUAGUUGUUUUGACUCUAAUGGGAAUGGGUCAUCAUCACCAUGAAUAUGAGACUGAAGUACAGGCCCACACACCUCUUAGUGGAUAAAAAUGAAUCUAAACAAAUUAACAUAAAGUAGUCCUAUUUAGUGCUUGGUUACAAAUAUUUUGCAGUCUGUAACUCUGCUAGGCCUGCACUGUAGCCAGCUUCAGUUUGUGUUUGUUUCAGGGGGAUUUUUUGGCUUCAGUUUUUGCUUCUGUGAGUGAAUUGCAUGUUCAGUUGGACUUGGGUAUUGUGAUUCUUAACGACGUACCAAACGGUUAAUUUGACACAGGCCCAGUGUUUUGGCUAUGUCUCUGAUAGAUUUUCCUUUCUGGUUUUUUAGCCUCAUGGUUUACUGACAUUUCUUCUGACUCUUCUUUGGUCCUCAUGUUGAAAGACAGCAAACGUCUCCCAAUAGCCGCAGCUAGAAUCAACUCUAGACCGUUUUCCUGUGCUUCAUCUCAUGAUGCAACGACAUAGUUGGCCAUGAUGCAACAGCUGGGUGGCCAAUUGUCCAAUUACUUUUGGUCUGCUGAAAUGGGGGGGGGAGUAUGAAAGGCUCAGAUUACAGCCGUCACCGUGCUUUGACUGCUUCUUUUCCGUUCCAAUGUGCAGAGCAAAACAACAAAAUGGUGUCCCUAUCCAAAUUGUUACAGCCUGCACAUUCUUAUGCUGAAAUAAAUUAUAUUAUUUUAUACUAAUACAAUUUUCCACAGAAAACCAUUUGAUUUCCAAAGAAGGUGGGUGUUGAAAUUGUCUCCCGUUCUAGGUCGCAGAUUCCACUUUUGGCUGGAAUGUCUGGGUCUUGAAAACAAGAGUAUUGAAAACAGGUGUGCCAAUAAAUGACAGCUACAGGCGGAUGAAAAAACUUUUCUGAGUGACUGUAUUAGUCUAAAAUAAAUAGUCUGUGUUUUAUCGUGAAGUACAGCUGUGUAUGUGUGUUGUUUACUUCAUACAACCUUUUUUUGGUCAUCUUUAUCAAGGGUGCCAGUGACUUAGGAGCCACUCACACAGACUGACUGCACGAGACGGAGCAUUCAUAUGACUGAAAUAACGCGUUAAAGCUGAUGUUGCGAAAGAGAGAUUUCUAGCGCUGAGAGAGAGAGCGAGUGGGCGGGGGUCGUUCAGAAGAGAAUUGCACCUGUUGCAUCUCCUACAUUUCAAGCCCUUAAAUGUACAUUUCAAAUAAAGAAGCCAAAUCAA